UUCCUAUAAAACCAAAUCAAACCCACCUCUUAUCUUAUGAACAUUGUCUGUUUACUUACUAAGCUUUUUCCCUUUUGGUCAGAGUGUGUGUAGCUCAGUUUCGAGCCAACCAACUUCAACCUCACAUAUCUAAGUCUGCCAUCAUUCUUUUGCAUUUGGAAUUUUCUCAUUCUUUGGGAAGAAAAAAAAUGGAGGCUGUAUCCUUCAAUCCUCUCUUGGUUGCGCCAAAUAAGCUAGCGAGAAUAGUGUCGUGCAAGCCUGACCGAUGCUCAUUGAGCAAGAAGAAGAGUCUAACGUGCUGCCAAGGUGGCGGCAAUGCGAUCAAGUCCACCAUUCUGAAGGAGAGAUCUGCGUCGGUUUGCGCCAACCAAAGUAGUGCUCUGAUAGAUACAGGAAGCUUGGUCAUGUCUCCAAAUGGGAAGAGUCGGGCGGAGACUUGUGUGAAGGAUUUGGGGGCUUAUGAUGGGCACACCCACUCUUCAGUGGAGAUGGAUGAUGGCAUUGGAAUUGUCAGAUUCUUGAGAGGGAAGAGAUUUUUCAUUACCGGUUCUACUGGGUUCUUGGCAAAAGUUCUUGUCGAGAAGAUCUUAAGGACUGUUCCGGACGUCGGCAAGAUAUUUCUCUUAAUGAAAGCUAAAGAUAAGGAAGCUGCGAUGGCGAGGCUAUCAAGUGAAAUAAUAUGUUCAGAGCUCUUCAAGAGUCUUCGACAAUCUUAUGGGAAAUCUUAUGAAAGCUUCAUGCUGAGCAAGCUAAUUCCUGUUGUUGGAGAUAUUUCUAAAUCGAAUCUUGGUUUAGGAGAUGAGUUGGUAGACUCCAUUGCAAAUGAAGUAGAUAUCAUUGUAAAUUCAGCUGCCAAUACCAAAUUCGACGAGAGGUACGACGUUGCUGUCGACAUCAACACCAAAGGACCGUACCAUAUCAUGAGCUUUGCAAAGAGAUGCAGCCACUUAAAAGUCUUCUUGCAAGUUUCCACAGCAUAUGUUAAUGGACAAAGGCAAGGGAAGAUCAUGGAAAAGCCAUUCUGCAUGGGAGACAGCAUAGUCAGAGAAAGUUACAGUGCUGAACCACCAACGUCUCUUCCUCAAUUGGAUGUAGAAAGGGAAAUUCAUUUGGCUCUAGAGUCAAAAAAGGCUCUGGAAGAUCGCGCGGUUGCUCAAAAGAUGAAAGAGUUGGGUCUGGACAGGGCGAAGAAGUUUGGAUGGCAAGAUACUUACGUGUUCACAAAAGCUAUGGGAGAGAUGCUUAUUCACGACAUGGUAGGCGAGGUUCCGGUCAUCAUAAUCAGACCGAGUGUCAUUGAGAGUACUAUAAAGGAGCCAUUUCCAGGAUGGAUGGAAGGAAAUAGGAUGAUGGAUCCCAUCAUCUUGUCCUAUGGGAAAGGACAGCUCACUGGAUUUCUCGGCGACCCAAAUGGAGUAAUCGAUAUCGUACCGGCUGAUAUGGUAGUCAAUGCUGCCUUAGCAGCCAUUGCAAGACAUGGAAUGGUCGGAAAAUCAGGAAUUAACAUUUAUCAGAUUGCUUCAUCGGUCGUGAACCCACUAGUUUACCAAGACUUGGCUAGACUGAUCUAUGAGCACUAUAACACUUCGCCGUGCAUCGACUCCAAAGGUAGACCAAUCCCUGUCCCAUUGAUCAAGCUAUUCACUUCCAUGGACGAAUUUUCAGCUUAUCUUAGAGGAGAUGCCAGUCAGAGAAGCGGGUUGAGAGCCCUGACCUCAAGCACAGAGCUGUCCAAAAAACUAGAAAUUAUUUGUCGUAGAUCGGUGGAGCAAGCAAAGAAACUGGCCAACAUAUACGAGCCCUACACAUUCUACCGCGGAAGGUUCGACAACAGCAACACUGAGCGACUGAUGGAAAGAAUGUCCGAGGAAGAGAAGAGGAGAUUCGGGUUCGAUGUUGGGAGCAUUGACUGGAAAGAUUAUAUCAUUAACGUCCAUAUUCCGGGUCUGAGAUGGCAUGUGAUGAAAGAGAGAAGGACAUUUAGUUAAAAAGAACGGUACACUAGGUUCUAUAACAGUAUGUGCCGUAAUAAAAUGGGCGUUAAUCACAUCUGAAAAUCAAAUGAAGAAAAGAAGUAGUCAACUUUUACCAUUGCUCUGCUAUGGUCCGUCCGUUACGGACACUCAUGUGGCCAUUCUUCAGUACUUCUACUAGGAUAACUCAAUUAUGUUUCAUAAUAACAAAUGAUAUAUUAUGUUUAUGA